CGACAGACCAGACGAUGACGAACAACACAUAUUUGACGCAAUUCUAAGAGAAGUGACACACGGCUCAGCUGUGGCUCUUGAGAACAUUCAGCCUUCCGCGGGCGAACAAGGUCACAAUAGCAGAACCGACCCGUGAGGAAACGAUGCCUCGAGUUGCAAGAGAUUCCAGUGGGCGCCCCAGCCGGCAGGCUGUUGUUAUGAGAAUGGCGCGCGAAAGUAGCAAGGCAUCUUCAGUGAAAUUAGCGCUCAACGAUGACAAGGGAGAAAAGGUUGCCCGUCUACAGUCUCGACAAGCCCUCCAAGAAAUCCAUAUGAACGAAAUCCGCGCUGCAGCAAGUCCCAUGCGCAAGCUCAACCAGAGACGAAGAGAGUCCAAUUAUAGUAAUGUGUCGGACUCUCCCCGAACUCCCCGAAUGUCAGACCAUGGGACACAGGUGCGAAGAAGAGGAGGAUUGAACAACCAACAGCGGAACAACAAUGACCACCCACGGAACAGCAUUGGGCGUGUCGCGGACGACAAUGGGGUCACACCCAUGAAGCGCGUCCCGAUCCUCGCAAACUUCGAAGAAUGGAUGAAAAUGGCAACGGACAACAAGAUCAAUGCUGCGAACUCGUGGAAUUUUGCACUUAUUGAUUACUUCCAUGACAUGAGCCUUUUAAAAGAAGGAGAUGGCGUUAAUUUUCAGAAAGCGAGCUGCACGCUGGACGGCUGCGUCAAGAUCUACACGAGCAGAGUCGACAGCGUGGCAACAGAGACCGGCCGGUUGUUGAGUGGUCUUGCCGAUGGUGGUGCCUCUGAGGGUGGCAAGAAGCGAGGUAAAGGUGAGGGCGAGGAGGAGGAUGAAGAUGAAGACGGCGAAGAAAACGAAGACGGCGAAGAUGGUGAGGGCGGGGUGAAGAAGAAAUCAAAGAAGAAGCCCGCGCGAAGCCACGAAGCCACACUCGCACCAAGCUUUGCGUCUUUCCAAGGCAAGAAGCUGGAACUCGAGUUUGCGGUCGACCCGCUUUUCAAGAAGGCAUCUGCGGAUUUUGAUGAGGGAGGAGCUAAGGGCUUGCUGCUGAAUCACUUAUCCAUCGACUCUGACGGACGCAUCGUGUUUGACAGCAGCGACGAUGCGGGAGACGCUCCUUUGGGCGGCGAGAAGGAUAACAACCAACAAGAAGAUGAGACGGCCUCUACAGCGAAAGCUCAGCAUGAGCCGGAUUCCACCACUGAAGAUGAGGAGCCCAUUCCAGACGAUCAAGACGAAGAAAUCGAUCUCGCUUCUCUAGCGUCGAAGUUCUUCCCGGAUAUGGGCAUACUCGACUCCCAGGAUGUUUGCCCUUCUAUGAAAUCCUUUACAUUGGGCGACCCAUCUGGAGACCUAAGCUUACCCUUCCUCAAAGUACCCGAAGACUGGAAAGAGCAGAAGCGAUCUCAGACGCCGGCGCCCGCAACGAAUCUUCCCCUAAAUCUAGCCGAUCAAACAGGGAUUUUUCUCGACGGAAGUAAUGCCAUGGGCUUCGAUGAUGACUAUGACGACGGCGACGGAUUGCUUGGUGGCUUCGACGUCGCAGAUAAUGUGGGCUUUGGUGAAGGAGGAGAAGCCUGGGCGAAAGAUGCCGCCAUUGAGGCUCAGGCUCGAGUUGCUCGAGCAGACGAUGUGGACGAGAACCUUCUGGAAAUUGGAGGCGAUGGAUACGCAUUGUCUCUACAGCACAAGUACCAAGAGGAUGCGGAGCAUGAGUCUAUCAUGGCUUAUUUCAACAAGGCAUUCAACUCUCGCGCAAAAGGCAAGACGGCAUUUCUCACCCUGGAAAACUGGCGAAUACAGAAGAUCCAGAAAGCUCAACAAGAAGCCAGUGGCACUAAUGCUGCACCCACAAGACAGAAAAAGGAAAAAGAGCCAUAUGAGAUUGACUUUCUAGGCCCAAUAUCAGACUCCCUGAAGGAGUUACUUGAACAACCCCCCGUUCUGAACUCGCAGAUCUCUCUGCCGAAAUCGCAAUGGCGGACAAAAGGCCGAAAUCUGCUGGACAAAGAUGACGAGGUUGUGGACCCCAGAAAGUUGAUGCGUUUAUGGACAAAGCCAAAGUGUCGGGUGGGCAGGAUCAGAAGAAAAGAAGGGGGCGUGGGAAUGGGUAUUAUUGACGAGGGUUUCGGAGCGAGAAACCGUGUCGGAACCACCAACGCCUUUGGUGACGGAGCUGGCGAUGAGCUGGACGACGAGGGCAGAAAGGGUGAUUAUGACGCGAACUUCUUUGCGGACGAUGAUCAAAUGCUUCCAUUUGAUGGUCCAUUGCCCAUUGACGAGGAUGACGAUGAUGGGGUUGGUGAUGGAGGCGGCGAUGAUGGCGGACAGGCUUUUAUGGAUGCGCGAGAGAUGUUGUCGCCCCAACCCGAAUCGCAGCAGGAACAGCACCUAAACCUGCUCAGCGGCGAACCUGGAGCGGACAAUGAGCUUGCUGGAUCCCAGCAGUCACAACAAGACCCACAAGCACAGCAAAGUCAGCCUGACCUACUUCCAGGUAGUUUCGGGAGCCAACUUGUGACACAAGCUGGCAAAAGAAUUCGACCCGAGUACGUCAACUACGCACGAACGGCAAAGAAAGUGGAUGUGAGGAGGUUAAAGGAGAAUAUGUGGAAGGGUAUGGAGGGCCGGCUGAAAUUGAUCAAUGUGUUUGAUCGACCCUCCACCGCAACGGCAACUGAGCAACCUAAGGGCGAGGAUGGUGAUGGUGAUGGCGAUGUCGAUAUGAUGGACAUUGAUGACCAGCCUCAACCCGAAGCCGAGCCUCUUGCAUCCAUGCCUAUCCAUCAAGAUUCACCCACCAGCGCCGACGAGGGGACCUUGAACUUCACCGACCUCAUCCAGGACCUUCGCACCUUCUACCCCGAGCCUCAGAUGAAGGACAUCAGCACGUCAUACUGUUUCAUUUGCUUGUUACAUCUGGCAAAUGAAAAGGGGCUGGUGUUACAAGGUGAAAGGGAUGGGAACCAGGCCAUGCAGGAGAUUCGGGUCACCAGGGAUCCGACGGUGGGCGAGGGAUAUGAAGGGGAAUGAUCUUAUGGGUCGGAGUAAUUGUAUACGCUUUUGCUUGCCCCAAGGCUCUGGGCUUUGGAUAUCGGACUCGUCAUUGGACAUGUAGAUUCGAGGGUGGACAUGAGAACAUGAAAAUUGUUUUGACAGGUACUCGAUGGUGGCGAGUUUGUAUAUUGUUUCAAAGACAGUUCUCCCAGCAGAUGAUGAUUUUCAUGGCUGGACCAAAGGACUCGGGCUGCCAUGCAGGCAAUGCUCUCUGGGUUCAGCUGUUAUGUGCAUCAUGGGCAUUCCACGUCGCGGUCAGAAACGAACACUUUUGAUUGUAGACCCAAAA